AUGCCGCGAAUCGCCGAACACGUGGUGCUCUCCAAAGUCCUAGACGAUGCCGACCCGAAGAUGGUGAAGGACAGCUUCGACGGCCUCAACGCCCUCAACUCGUUGGACCUGGUCCUCUACCUCACCGCCGGCGAGGUCUUCCGCGUCCAAUCGGCGCCCCGCAAGUACACCCACUUCCUCCACUCUCGCUACCGCGCCAGAGACGACCUCUCCAACUACCUCGUCCACCCCGACCACGUCGCCCUCGGCAAGCAGUACGGCGCCGCCACCAUCGAGUACGUCAUGGCCCUAGACUGGGUCGUCGACGAUUUGCCGGGUGCGGCAGCGCCGCCGCCCGGGGCCCCAGUGAGGGCCACCUUCCUGAAGCUGAAGGAGGGGCUCGGCGAGGAGGCGAAGAAGGAGGUGUUGGCGAUCAUCGGCGGGAUCGAGAAGAGCGAGCUCGGGUCGCCGGAGCAGAUCUCCUUCGGCGAGAACUUCUCGAUCCGGUGUAACGGGUUUUCGAUCGGGAUUCUGGCGGUUUACCCGGAUUUGAAGAGCUUGGAUUCGGUUGAUACGGUGAAGCUGAUUGAGGAGAAGGUAGGGGAGAAGCUGGAGCAAGUGGUUGCUUUUGAUUACAUAGCUCCAGAGCCAUACUCUGCCUGA